ACACAAUAGUUGACUACAAUACACAGAUAGACAAAGACGACGAAACGAUGGACAGAGGUUGCAGAGGCGAGAUCGUCAUUCCGGAGGCGGAGGCUCCCCUCUUCACACCUUUCAGACAAAAACCAUGCGCUCUCACAGCCACUUGGUUUUCGUGUACUUUGAGCACAAGCGAGAGGAAGCUCAUCUGUGUCACAAGCGCCAAUUCUUUCUUGGCCUCUCUCAUCCUCAAGCAGCUCUUGGCUCGUGGUUAUCUGGUUCGGGCCACCGUUCAAAAUCAAGUGGAAGUGGAGGAGGUGAGAGAGCAAAUAAAAGAGGAAGAGAUGAUGAGAGGGCUGGAGAGUGUGGUGGUGGUGAAGAUGGGAGAUUUGCAGAGUCUGUGUGAAGCCUUCAGAGGUUGUCAUGCAGUCUUCCACACUUCAUCUUUCAUCGAUCCUGCUGGUGUCUCUGGAUAUUCGGACAGAAUGGCUUUUCUUGAGACUGAAGGAGCAAAGAAUGUUAUUGAAGCUUGUGGGAGAGCAGCAUAUGUGAAAAGAUGCAUUUUCACUUCUUCUCUGCUUGCCUCAAUCUGGCUGGGCGAUGGAGCUCAAGGGCCAGUUGAUGAGAGUUGUUGGAGUAAUGAGGAAUUCUGCAGAGAAAACAAGCUUUGGCUUGCCUUGGGGAAGACAACAGCAGAGAAGGUUGCCUGGAGGAAGUCCAAAGAGCUGAAAGUGAAUCUUGUUGCUGUGUGCCCUGGCCUUCUCAUGGAUCCAACAUUUCCAAAUGCUCACAUGGAAACCUCUGUACCCUAUCUUAAAGGUGGGAGCAUUAUGUGGCAACAAGGGAUCUUAGCAACUAUAGAUGCUCAAAAGGUGGCAGAGGCACACAUCCAUGUUUAUGAAGCUAUGGAUAAUGGAGCUGGUGGGCGAUAUCUCUGCUUUGAAAGAGUGAUAAGAAGAUUAGAUGAAGUCAUUGAUCUUGAAGAUAAAUUGAAGAUGCAUGGCUCAUUGUCAAGAGGAAGAAAUGAGGAAUCGCAAGAAGAUGAUAAUGAUGAAACACGUUUUACUCUUACCAAUUCAAAGCUUACUGAAUUGAUGUCCCGUGCUGCUCAACGCCCAUCAUGCAAACAAUGACUCCAAUCUACCAUUUGUUUUCUAGAGACUGCUUUUUUUUUUUUUCCAGCUCCAUGGGGUGAGAGAUAGUCUGGUCAAUGUAUUAUCAUCAUGAACAUGAGAGAGAGAGAGAGAGAUGUAAACCCCCAUUACAGACCUUUUGUAGUUCUAAAUGAAGAGUAGAGUUUCAAUUUUUAAUGAGAAAAGAAGCCUAUAUGAUAAGUUGAGGCAAGUUCAAGACAA